AUGGACGACCAGUUCACAGAAUGGCACUCCGUACGACCCUGGCACCCAACCCUCUCCCUCGCAGUCCGCGAGAUCACCUCUGUCUCUGUCACCUUCCUCCUCUCGUGCCCGUACUCUGCCCCAGAUCCUGCGAAGGAGGACCCCACAUCACUCGGCCUAUCCUCCUCGGAUGACGACGAUCAGAGCCGCGACAGCGCGAGCACGACAGAUUCCGUCUCCACCCAGGUCGUCGCAGACAUCCUCGCCAAAGGGCUGUCCGUGAAGGUCAAUGGCACGCCCUGGCAGCGCGUCUUCCUGAAGAUGGACGAAGUCUUCGACGAGGGCAUCAUCAUCCUGUACGGUUUGAUGCCCGCGAGGAUUUACGACGUCGAGCUGGGGCUCUCCCCAGGACAGGCUAGCACCAGCGUCCGCGGGCAGAUCACUACCGAUAACGAGACGCGCUCAGAAAUAGUAACAUUACCGGACGCCAUCUCUGACGAGGCCGCAGCAGACUCUUCCGAAUCCUCCAUGUCGUCCUCCAUCCCUCUCUCCACGACGCCUCCACACACGAACGGCGUACACACCCCUGGCCCCCCGCCUACGCAGUUCACACUCGAAGACCACCGGCUCCAGCUUACGCACCAGUUAAAUCAAUUAAACGCGGAGCACUCCAGUCUCACCUCCUCCCUCAAGUCGGCACGGAAAGAGUCGCAGAAGGCGGACGCCGCGCUCCGCUCCGAGAUCGACACUCUCAAGCGGGCGUCAGACCGGUACGCAGCGGGCGAGAGCAGGGCGCGGCAGAAGAUCCUCGCGCUGCAGCAGGCUGUGAAGCAGACUGUCGCGGCCGCGCGCGAUAUCGAAGCGCUUGUAAAGGAUAUAGAAGUUGCAUUGCCUGCGUUGGAACAACAGAGAACAGAGGUCGAGAAGGAG